UCGGGACACGACAGCAACAGCAGCAGUGUCUAGCUCUCCCAGCAGGAUGAGUUUCCGGGGCAGUGUGAAGCAGGUGAUGGUGAUGGUGGUGGCAGUCACCUGCACACUUACACUAGCUCAGGAUGCCAACCUUCAGGCUAUAGAGUGUCCCUUCCCAGAGGGACAAGAUGUGUUGUCAGAGGAGGAGUGUGGCAAGUACUCAGCGUGUGAGUGGACAGACGGUGUGUGUCACAUGGUGGACAACGCUCUUGGCGGCUACAUCGUCCAGGGACCUCAGGAAGUCACCUCCAGGGGUUUUUUGGUUCAUCUGCAGAAAGCAGAUGAUUCAGUGACGAUGUUUGGCGAUGACGUGACCAACCUGGUGUUUGAGGUGAUUCAUCACGAAGACUACCACCUCCAGAUCAAGAUCUACGACGCAGACAAUGCCCGCUACGAGGUACCAGUGCCAGUGUACGUUCCUGACUCCCCUGACACUGACGCCUUGUACACUGUCGAGGUCAGCGGUGACGGAGAACCUUUCCAGUUCUCUGUCAACAGAGAAUCCAAUAACAACAUUGUGUUCAGCUCAUUGGGUCCACUGACCUACGAGGAUCAGUUCCUGCAGCUGCACACCCACCUGGCCUCCACUUACCUCUACGGGUUUGGUGAGAACACCCACCUCUCCUUCAGACACAAGUUCGAGCCUCGUGCCACCUUCCCGAUAUUUGCCAGGGACAGGGCUGUGGACACGGAACCAGCCAGCGAGUACGGUCACCAUCCUUAUUACAUGGUGAUGGAGGAUGAUGAAGGCAACUCCCACUCUGUCCUUCUCUACAACUCCAACGCCAUGGAGUACUCCACCUUCCUGCUGCCUGACGGUACACCGGCGCUCACACUGCGGACAAUCGGUGGCAUCAUCGACCUGCACAUCUUCCUGGGACCUCAGCCAGAGGACCUCAUCGAGGAGUACACCAAUAUGGUGGGAAGUACCCUCUUCCCCCCAUACUGGUACUUAGGUUUCCAACUCUCCCGUUGGGGCUACAAGUCUACUGACUACGUCCGGGGUGUCCGGGAAAGGAUGAAGUCCUACGGUAUCCCCCAGGAUAUACAGACGUUUGACAUCGACUACACGGAUAACAAGAGGGACUUCACCUUAGACCCCAUCAACUUCGGUGACAUGCCGGAGCUUAUCCAGGAGCUGCACGACGACAACAUCAGAGUCACUCUCCUUGUGGACCCGGCGCUGGUGAUCGACUUCGAAAACUACCCACCAGUGGCUAGGGGUAAGGAGGCUGAUGUAUUUAUCAAGUGGUCUGACCCCAGCCUGGUGCCGGAUGACCAGGAACCCGGCACAGACGAGUACAUGGUCGGCUACGUCUGGCCAGCAAAUAAGACCAUCUUUCCGGACUUCCUAAAACCAGAGACUCAGGACUGGUGGAUCAAUGAAAUGAAGAUCUUCCAUGAGCUGCUCGACUGGGACACCAUCUGGAUCGACAUGAACGAGCCGGCCAACUUCGGCACCAACUUGGACCAUCCAUGGAACUGGCCACCAGACCAGCCUGACUGGAGCCUCAAGUGUCCCGAGAACAAGUGGGACUCACCGCCUUACCCCACCAUGGUGGCCCGUACAACCGACAACGAGAGUAAGAGACUUAGUGAACACACACUGUGUAUGUCUGCCAGCCAGACAGAUGGCACCAUGACCUACAUGCACUACGACGUGCACUCCCUCUACGGCUGGUCUGAGGCUGUCGCAACUACAAGUAAGUGUGACUUUGUAAAUGCAAUGGUGGAGGUAUUCCCAGAGAGGCGACCCAUGGUGCUCACUCGCUCUACCUUCCCUGGCUCGGGACAGUAUGCUGUACACUGGCUAGGUGACAACUCUGCAGAGUGGAUCCAAAUGAAGAAUUCUAUUAUUGGUUUGUUAGAGUUUAACAUGUUUGGUGUGCCAAUGGUCGGAGCUGACAUCUGCGGCUUCCUCAACGAGCCUGACAUGGAGAUGUGUGCAAGAUGGAUGGAACUGGGAUCCUUUUAUCCCUUCAGCCGUAACCACAACACGGACGGGACGGCUGACCAGGACCCAGCCAUGUGGCCAGAGGUGGCUGAAAUCUCUCGGUACACUCUCAGCCUCCGCUACCAGUACCUGCCCUACCUCUACACCCUCUUCCACAUGGCACACAUGCACGGCAGCUCCGUGGCUCGGCCGCUCCUCAAUGUGUUCCCCACCGACCUGGAGGCUCGUGAUGUUGAUGACCAGUUCAUGUGGGGUGAUGGGUUGAUGAUUGCCCCCGUGGUCACACAGGGUGCCACCUCCAGAUCCGUCUACUUCCCCCAGGGUCUCUGGUACGACCUGGUGACUGGUGUUCAGGUGGCAUCAGGUCCCACUACACUUACUGUUGAUGCUCCUCUCGAGGUCAUCCCCUUGUACGUGCCAGGUGGAACUAUCCUGCCCUACCAAGUACCAUCCAUCUCCACCACCGAGAGUCGUGAGAACCCACUGGGACUGACAGUGGCGCUGGCAGAAGACAUGACGGCCUGGGGACGACUCUUCUGGGAUGAUGGUGAGACUCCUACGAUGUCGAUGAUGACUGCUUACAUGGCUUCCUUUAGCUACGACCAGGUGAGUGGGCUGAUGGUGAGUGGGCUGGUGGUGAGUGGGUUGGUGGUGAAUGAGCUGGUGGUGAGUGGGCUGGUGGUGAGUGGGUUGGUGGUGAAUGAGCUGGUGGUGAGUGGGCUGGUGGUGAAUGGGCUGGUGGUGAAUGGGCUGGUGGUGAGUGGGCUGGUGGUGAGUGGGUUGGUGGUGAAUGAGCUGGUGGUGAGUGGGCUGGUGGUGAGUGGGCUGGUGGUGAGUGGGCUGGUGGUGAGUGGGCUGGUGGUGAGUGGGCUGGUGGUGAGUGGGCUGGUGGCGAGUGAGCUGGUGGUGAGCUGGUGGUGAGUGGUUGGUGGUGAG